AUGUUCCGAAUUUCACUUCAAGUAGAACAGGCCAACGGAUCCUCACUGCUACAGGAAGUGCUAACAUUUCUGGUGCCCGCUAGUCUUGAGGAUUCCAGGGUUCGGCUGAUUGGUUGCUUAGCAACCACCCGUGUGUGUGUGAGGGGCGCAAAUGGUGGACUAACCGACGCGGAACCU